AGCAGGCGCUAAAAAUAAGGGAACUACUGCUUGCCUUUAGAUGUUUGCUCAUAGAAAAAUGCAGUUUACGUUAAUCGAAAGACAGUCUCAUCAUUAGAUGUCCAUUUUUCAAGCUAUCACCCGGGAUCAGGAGGACUCUGAAUCGUCCUCAGAAGAUGAGCACGAUGAUCUUCCCUGCAUUGCCUGGAGCGGCGCUAGCAAGACAAUUCCCAUUCUCCUGUUUAUUCCUGAAGCCAUUGUUUCAAAAGAUGACAGAAUUUGCUCAAUUGGAGAUCGCUACAAGAUGGCCUUUAAGAUAGUGCGUACAGAGAGCCGCCUGGUUCGAGGAUUACUCACCAAUCAUGGAUUCCAUGAGGUACACCCAAAUAGUAAUGACUUCAACCUCAUGUGGACUGGAUCUCACCUAAAGCCUUACAUCCUCCGCGGCCUCCAAGACUUCCAGAAGGUCAACCACUUUCCAAGAUCUUACGAAUUGACACGCAAAGAUCGCCUUUAUAAAAAUAUCCAACGGAUGCAGCAGUCCCACGGCUUCAAAAACUUCCAUAUCGUUCCUCAAACGUUUGUGCUUCCAUCCGAGUAUCAAGAUUUCUGUAGCUAUUUUGCAAAGGACAAGGGACCAUGGAUCAUCAAGCCUGUAGCAUCCUCAAGAGGACGAGGCAUUUAUUUAGUUAGCAAUCCAAACCAAAUUUCAAUGGAUGAAAACAUCUUGGUCUCCCGUUAUAUACACAACCCUUUACUUAUAGAUGAUUUUAAGUUUGACAUGCGCUUAUAUGUACUCGUGACUUCAUAUGAUCCACUACUGAUAUAUGUUUACGAGGAAGGUUUGGCAAGAUUUGCCACUGUAAAAUAUGACCGCACGUCCAAAAACAUCAAAAACAAUUUUAUGCAUCUUACAAACUACAGUGUGAACAAAAAGAGCAGCGAUUAUGUCAGUUGUGAUGACCCUGAAGUGGAGGAUUAUGGGAACAAGUGGAGUAUGAGUGCUGUGUUACGCUAUUUAAAGCAAGAAGGGAAGGACACAAUGUUGCUGAUGCGGCAGGUGGAAGACCUCAUUAUCAAAGCAUUGCUGAGUGCGGAGCCACAGAUCUCUGCUGCCUGCAAGAUGUUUGUGCCCCAUAAGACAAACUGCUUUGAACUGUAUGGCUUUGACGUCCUAAUCGAUGCUAAACUCAAACCUUGGUUAUUAGAAGUCAAUCUUUCCCCCUCACUGGCAUGUGAUGCACCUCUGGAUCUGAAGAUAAAAGCCAGCAUGAUUGCAGACAUGUUUUCACUUGUGGGUUUGGUGUGCCAGGACCCUCUUUCCAGACAGCCCCGCACUGAACGGGCCACACUGGACCCCAGCCUGAAGCAUCUGGCUCCACGAGCACAGAGACCACAGAAAACUACUGCACACUCUAUAGUGCGACGCCGACAGUUAUUGUCCAGUAACUCUGAAACUGACGUGCUAAAAGGCCAAGGUGACAGCACUCUGAAUCUUACAGCUGAAGAAGUCAAAGUGCUGAGGAGAAUAAAGGAGGAAUAUGAGAGACGUGGAGGCUUCAUAAGAAUUUUCCCCACUGCUGAAACAUGGGAGCUCUACAGUGGAUAUCUGGAGUCCAAGACAUCAUUGAACUCCAUGUUGGCGCACAGACUUUUCCAUGGAAGGACUAUGCAGCUGCAGGUGGAUGUGCUGUGCGGCUCUCAUGUGGUGCAGUACGAGAGGAAGCUGCAGUCUCUGGAGGCUCGUAAGAGACACCUGCACCACCGCUCUCACUGCUCGUCCAACAGGAAAUCUGGGAAGGAAUCCAAGGGCUUUCCAACAGAAAGCAGCAGUCAAGAGGGAGGUGAGGUGAAUGGGCAGUGUGAGCCAAGCGCACACAUGGUGGGAGAGUACACAGGUCAGGUGGUCACUGCGCUGCCAUUGGAUGCUCUCCACAGUAAACCUGUGUCCAGCUCAGAGGCAGCGACGUGGGACGGCAGACCCAGAGUCAAUCUGCUUCACAUCCUUCAGCAGGGCUGGGACCUGAGUAAAGUACAGGCCCGACUGGCUUUUUCUUCCUACCUUCAUCGAGUCCAGCAAAGACUUUUGGCUGAGAGCAGAGCCAACACCAUUCCAGCUUGGCCAGACAAGGACAAUGACCAAAUGGAAUUGGUGAUACGAUUCCUAAAGAAAGCUGCCAGUAACCUUCAGCAGGACAUAAAGGUGGGUCUGCCCAAUCGCCAGCUCCCACUUCAAGACCGCAGACGCAUCCUGUCCCAGCAGCUUGGGGAGUUCAUUCACCAUUACAACAAGGAAACAGAUCAUAUGGUGAAAAAACAAGAAUGUAAUAAAGAGGAGCACUGCAUUAACAACACUGUAUUUCAAGAGUACAUCAGUGCAGCGAGUGAAAAUGACCUGGAAGACGUAUUGACGUACUACACACAAAAGAAUAAAUCGGCAAUCGUCUUCCUCGGAUCCAAAGUUUGCAAACUAAACAAAGACAUGUCUACAGAAAUGUUUCAGAACGUUUCGGGAGAGCCAGGCAACUGUGGAGAUUCAAGAACUCAGCCUUUGGCCAAAGACGAUUCCAGCACCUCCGAGUCCUCGCUCUCCGCAGGAAAAGUCAGCAGUGACCCAGACACCAAGGUUUCUGUAAAUCAGCUUUCAGAUCAACGCGCGGCAGCCAACUGUGGGAGUAACACCCAGCCAGACGUCCAGGCCUCGCAGCAGCGCUCCAACUUCCCUGCAAUUUUAGACUGCACCUUCAUCCACCCAUCAUCCACCCUGCCCCACCACUGUCCUCCUCCCCCUCCGCCCCAGCAGCCCCCCUCCUACACCCAGUCUCUGGCCAAGUCACAGUUCUGUCAGGCUGACACUGACCCUCCCGAAUACAGCUUCUCACCUGUGAUCACACAACCAAGAGUCUGGACAGCUGCUCCCAACACUGCUGCAAGUGGAACGUCAACCCAGGGCCUAAGAAGGGUAACAUCAUUUACCUCGCCUAUGUCCACCUCCACCAUCCCCAGUGCCACUCACAUCUACAGCCAGAAGCUCUCCAGGCCCACCUCGGCAGGCCAAGUGGUAUGGAGGAGCAGCUCCAGUAAGCUCAAGUCGAACUCAGUGGGCACUUUUACGGACUUGAACGCCCUGUCAGCCCAGGCCCAGUCCAACCAGCAGGCCUUCAUCAGUGCUCUGCAGAGACUGGCUGAUAAGCAGGUGGUACACCAGUAUGCCAGCUCCAACCAUAUCAAUCUGCUGACACAACACCUGAGCAAUCUCAACCUGGCCAACAACAUGCUGAGGAAAGGCAGCUUGACGCUCACUCCAAAAGCCUGGCACACCACAGCUCUAACCCCAGCACCAGUGAGGGCCCUGCACUCUGGACCAGAACUCUACUCCAAUAAGAGGCCCCUGAAGGAUGAGGAGGAUGCCUGGGGCUCUCCAUUUCAGAGGGCCUACAGUGUGGUGACAGGGGUGAGCCCGCAGCACAACUACCAGCCCACACAGGGAAGCUACCAGCUCCAGUAUGCCAUCCAGCAACUGCAACAGCAGAGACUCAAGUCACAGCAGCUGCUGGAGCAGAGCCAGAGUAGACAGCAGGAUCAGUCUUCGAACCAGUCAAGUGUCCAGACAUCUACCAAAUCCUCCAGCUGUUCUCCUGCCAGUCUACAUCCCCGCUCCCACUCCAGUGCUGUCAACCUCAUCCAGACCAAUGCAAGUCCUGUCCACAUCCCCAAGCCUCCUAAGAGUGGCAGAUCUGAAGCCCAGGGCAGGAAAACCGCAGCAAAGCGUCUCAUUAAGCAAUCCUCUGCAGCCGAGACUUCAACCGCUGGUCCUAUAUCCAACAGCCAGAGAAUAGUCUAUGAAGCAAUAUGUGGUAAAUCAGGUCUCUCCAUGUACCGCAAAGUGUUUCCGGGCCAGGAGCCGAGCCACAGAUGACACGAAGACUGUGACUUGAGACCCGGUCCACCAUUGUGCCGCCAUGACAGGUGUUUCUGCAUGUAACAACAGACUAGACAACAACAAGCAACAUCCGCCAACAUUCUAUUUAUUCAUUUUACUAUAUGGCAACAGACAUGUGAGAGGACGGUGCGUGCAGCCAGCUUUGACGCAGGUUGGGAUUUUGUAGCGUGUCUUAUGAGAUGGCCUUUUCAGUGCGUUUCACACUCCCCCCUCCGCCCCCAGCUACAUUUAAGAGCGGCUGCCUGCUUUCAUUCUCUCCAUACUAGCGGUGCCAUAGAAAGAUUGCACUGAUAGAUAGCCUUCAGCAGAUGCUUCUUCAUGUCUCUGUCGGCAUUUUAACGGCAGGAUGCAGAGUUCUGUACUAUACUCAAAGCAGUGGCUUUAUAAUAUAGACAUAUUUAGUGGUCAGAAAGUCCCUUCACUAGUUACACAGGUGCAUUCUUAAAGUAGUUUUUGAAGCAGUCCAUAGGUUACCUGGUCAGUUUCACAUCUAUACCCUGAACCAUGAGAGCGCAGGGAGGACUAUUCUGUCAUAUGUGGCUAAGAGCCCUAGGCUGUCCAUGUUGUAGCCAGAAAGAGCAGCCACAUUGGAGUGCAUAUUUAUUGCUAGAGAAUGUGUGAAAGGCACAUCCCAACCAUGUUUGUCAGCUUUAGGAAAACUUUAAAAACUUCAAAGUCAGAUUUUUGCUGUACACAGUUAUGAAU